GAUGAUCGUAUAACAACUGCAGUCAAUGAAGCUAAAGACAACGUGAAAUAUCUAUCCACAUUGGACAACUUUUUCGGGACAUUUUCAAUGGCAAAUCCUGUGAAACUUAUGGAAGAACUUCCAAUUCUGUUGAACGCUAUCCGUAUGAUAUACAGUAUCUCACACUACUACAAUUCGUCCGAACGUGUAACCUCCCUCUUCAUCAAGGUGACCAAUCAGAUGAUCAUUGCCUGCCGACGGUACAUUACCGAGGGCGUGAAGCGGAUCUGGGAUUUGCCAAAGUCAGUUACCGGUGUGCUGUAG